CAACUUUCAACAUCGCCUCCCAUAACCCCCAUCUAUACUUCUUCGGACCAUUUGAUCAUCGUUAUUAGGCAAUUCCUUAGUUAUCUCUUUCCUAGUUGUUUCGACUUCAUCCAUAGACCGACAAUUUAAAAUUGCCUUCCGUUUUGAGACCUGAAAAUACUGAAGCGAAGAGAUUUCUUGCCGUCGGGUCUUUCAACAACUCGAAGUUCUCAAAACAGAAGAUAGUGAGCCAGAUAUGCUUCUAGCAAAGGAGAUCAUGUUAUAGUUUGGGUGUAAUUGUGGGCAGUUUCUUGCCUGUCUUUUCUACAGCCGUUUCGAGUUCAUGAUCUAAUCCCCCUUAAACCAAGAACCCUGAAGCAUCAAUUUUAAUAUAAUUUGCAUAAGCUUGCCUACUUUGAGUACGUCAUCCUGAGUCAAGUCGUGGUUUCUGCCUUCGUCAAAGUAAAUUGCCUCCAGCCACUCUGGGAGCGUAUAACCUGACUUCUCCCCUGGUGAAGCGCUAUCCAUGGCGCGCCAUAUUUGUUACCACCACUCCGGCAGUUUAUCAUUGGCAAUUUUCAGCAUUUGGCGUACAAGAAUCCUAGCGAAAAUUGUCCACGCGAUAAUCGAACUUCUCUCUAAAUAUGAUCUUAGGUGCUUGGACAGGACGCGAUGUAUGAAGCUUGUCAGGAAGUCAUUUUUGAAAAAAGAUUCGCCAAAGUCAACUAUUUUAAUCGGACAGGAAAGAACUGAGAGAUCUGUUGGAUACGAAGCGGGUCUGGCAAGAUAUUUAGGUAUUCCGGGUUCUAGUGGCUUUCCGUCUUUUCUUCUGAUUAAUCCGGUCUCCGGGUUUCCGAGCUUCUGGAAAAACUUAUCUUCAACUAGGGAAUGUAAAGAAAGAAUAGUGAAAGCUAAGUUGCGAGUAUGCAGAUCUAACAUACAUAAGUCAGCUAAAAAUUUUGUGGAUUGUUAGCUCACCUCCAUGUCCGAUCUUAUGCUGAUGCAAAUAGUCCAGGCUGAGAAGAGCAUGUGUCGCGAUGAUUUUUGCAAGUUUUCCAGGAAAUCUCUUGCCGCGGAAGCGCGCAUCCAGUAGAUCAGGGAAGCUUGGCCUUAAAAACUUAAGUAUAAUGCAGCUAGCGAAUGUUUGAUAUAGCGCGUAAGACUUUGAAUUCGCGGUUGCCCUCUCUGUGUUCCGGCAAAAGUGAAUGUAAUCACAGAGUCAGAAGACAGAUAGGAAUCCUGGAAACCUCAAGUCAAAUAGCAUGAGGAAGUUGCGAGUGAGAAAUGCCUUUGAUUGAGAGACCUUACUGUUUAGGAGCCUGUACCGUGGAUACUUAAGCAUUUCCUCUAGGAUUCCACCCUCUCUCUCUCUUCUCACUACAACACACACACACUCACACUCACACACACACACACA